AUGCCAUGCCACUCUCCUAAUUAUCCCCCCUCCCCUUCUCGCACCCCCUUCCGCCCUCCCCGUCCGCCCCCCUCUGCGUGCGCACAGCAUCGUGUGGCGCAACGCGUUCACGGGGGAGGUGCCCGCGGAAGUGGAUCAGAUGACGGCGCUGCGCCGCCUGUAAGCGCGCAUGGGACUGGGGGAAGGGACGCUGGAGGGGGGGAAAGGGAUCUGUCGGGCAACCAGCUAGCGGGCAGCAUCCCCUCGCUGCUCUCGCUCACCAACCUCAUGGCCCUCAAGCUAGCCAACAACUCGUUGGAGGGCCAUCUCCCCCAGUCCCUCAACGCGCUCCGCAAGCUCGAAAUGAUCGAUCUGGGCGGCAACAGGUUGAGCGGGCGCGUGGCGGAGAACGUAGCGACGUUGAAGCGCCUGCUGCACGUGGAUCUCAGCAACAACUCGCUCGGAGGCACCUUCCCCCGCGCGCUCUCCGUCAACCGCCGCCUCACCUUCCUCAACCUGGCGAGCAACCGCUUCCACGGGCGACUGCCGUGGCCCAUCUCCAAGAACAUGAUCACUCUGUUGCUGGCGAGCAACAGGUUCGAGGGCAAUGUGCCGUGGCAGUGGGGGCAGCUGCAGGACCUCGAAACACUGGAUGUGAGCAGCAACAACAUCAGCGGCACCAUCCCGCUGUCCCUUGCUCACUGCACCCGCCUCCACACGCUGCUGCUACAGAGCAACAAUCUGAGUGGCGAGGUGCCAGUGGGCCUGGCAGCGCUGCCACUGCAGCAGCUGAGCGUGGCGGACAACGCCCUCCGCGGCCACAUCAAUGCCUCCUUCCACCACCUGCCGCUCGCCAGCUUCGAGGGCAAUCCCGAGUUGUGCGUGGAUCUGAGUGGCAUGGGGCGGUGCAGCGCGGUGCUGCAGGGGCACGGCGCCCCUCCGCACAUCGAGCAGCGCCGCGCGUGCGCGCACGGGCAGGUGGAGCUGUGCGCGUGCGCGGACGGUGCGCAGGGGCAGCGCGCGUGCGUGGACGGCAAGGGCUUCACCGCUUGCAUGUGCCCCUCCGGUGAGAUGCGCGCAUGGGGAAAGGGGAGGGAGAGGGGGAGGGGGGGGAGGAAGGAGGGGGAGGGAGAGGGGGAGGGGGGGGAGGAAGGAGGGGGAGGGGGAGAGGGGAGGAGGAGAAGGGAGUGGGAGCAGGGCGAGGAGCAGGUGGGGCAAGGGAGAAAGAGUUGUGCGCCUCUGGAGGGUGCGACCAGCUUCCCAGCGCCGACGUCAGCAGCGGCGGUGGCGGCGGCGGUGGUGCUGGUGCUGGCGCUGGUGGCGGCGCUGGUGGUGGCUGCUGUGUUCGCGCUCAGAGGGGGGCUGCGCCAUACCCGCCCGGGCGCGUGGCAGUAUGCUGGCCGCACUACCAAACUCAAACAUCCUACCCUCCUUCCCCUCCUCCCCCUCCUCCCCCUCCCCCUCCUUCUCCCCCCUCCCAUCUAUCUCCUCUUCCCUCCCAGGGGGCAGUUCUACGACCCGGACGACCUGGAGGGGUACUCAGUGGUGCCGCCAUUCUCCGCGCUGCCGUCCUCGCUGCCCUCCUCCCUCGCCUCCAUCUCCUUCUUCUCCUCUCUCAAGCCCUCCCGCACCACCACCACCACCACAAGCACCACCACCACUGGCAAGUCGUCCUCUUUCAAGGCGGCAGCAGCGGCUGCAGCGGCAAAGAAGGGCCGAGCGGCGGCAGGGGCAGGGGCGACAGGCGGCAGUGCGGACGGCGCGGAUGGGGGGAGCGGGGAGGGCGCGGGGGGCGUGGGGAGCAGUGCGCUUGCGACCGCUGCUGCUAUCGCGAGGAGGCUAGGCGGACCCACGGGUGAGUUGGAGGGCAUAGAAGCCGCUGACCUGUCCUGUUGUCCCCUGCCCCCUCCACCAGCGACGCAUCUGACCAUGCGGCAGUUCACCCUGGAAGAGCUAUCACAGGCCACCAAAUCAGCAGCGCAUCUGACCAUGAGGCAGUUCUCCCUGGACGACCUAUCACGAGCCACCAACGCCUUCCACUCCGACUCGCUCCUCACCACGCACGGCACCUGCCGCUCCUUCACCGGCCACCUCCCCCCAUCGCUCCUCUCCUCCUCCGCCUCUGCCUCCUCCUCUUCCGCCACCUCGCCUGACCCAGCAACAGCCGCACAAGGGGAGGGCAGUGAGGGGGCGGGGAUAGUGAUAAAGGAGGUGGAGGGGUCAGAGGGCGAGACGGCGGGAGCGUUUGCAGCGGCCGUGGAGGUGUUUGCGUUCGUGCGCUGCCCCCACCUCGUCGAGGCGAGCAUGUCGCCCCUGCCAUGGCCCAUGCGCAUGGCCAUCUGUCUCGACGUCGCCAAGGGGCUCGCAUACCUGCACGCCAUGACGCCGCAGAUGACUCAUGCGGCGCUGACGACAGCCAGUGUGGCCCUGGAUGAUGCCAUGCGCGCCAAGCUCGCUGACUACUGCCUGCCACUGCUGCUCUCCCACCCCCGCACCCCCGCCGCCACUGCCGGCGCCGCCAGCGCCAACAGGGGCGCUGCUGCCUCGGCGCAUUCGGCGUCUGUGAACAUGGCAGUGGCAGCGGGCACGGCAGCACCGGAGCUGGCGUGGGUAGCAGAGGCAACGCCACGAGUGGACGUGUACGCGUUCGGGGUGCUGCUGCUGGAAGUGAUCUCAGGCCGACGGCCCCUUGAUGCCACGCGCCCUCCCAACGAGCAGAGCCUCGUGCACUGGGCCAAGGCGAGGUUGACACAGCGAUCGCUGGUGGAGCGGAUGGUGGACCCGCUCAUUGCACGGGCCAUCUCCACCCCUGCACUCUACCAGGUGGCAGUGCUGGCAUCGCAGUGCAUCCAUUCAGACCCGGACACGCGCCCCACCAUGCUGCAGGCCGUGGAGGUGCUCUCGAGAGUGCAGUCACUGCCUCUCGAUGCCGGCACCCCCCACUCGAAACACCACCUCCCCACCGUCUUCAAGCGCACCUCUGAGGACCGCACCCACAAGCCAUAG